UCAACUUCGCAGGACGAAGAUAUUGAUUCGAGGUUUGCAGCGCAAAAAAAUCAUGAAGCGUAAGCGACGUGACCCUGGGGACAAUGUGGAGGGCGAGCGAACCAAGCUCCGUGUUCCCCAGCAGGGUUCUUCGGGAUUCGCGGCGCAGCGUCACUGCCGGAUCGCGGUUGUCAGUACGCGCGGGCAAGAACGAAACGGACGCGCGGCCGUUUUUCGUCGGGUAUGCGCUGGCCUUCUUGUCGCGUCCGCAACAACCGGGCCGGGCUGGCCAAAUCCCGAAAUGCAGCAUCGAGGAGGCCUUUUUGCACUCGCCGCGAAGCAAGGUGACAAACGCAGUGUUUCUAGCGCUGGCCCACAACAGACCGACGUCGGCAUUGAAUUGCGGAGCAGCUGGGAGGAGGUUCCCGCGGCGGCAGAAGUGCUCGAAUUCUUGCGCGAAGUAAACCCCCGUAGCGCUGUACAGUUUUUACAGGACAAAAUUCUUCCCGAGGAGAUGUUUCAGAUCGAUGCCUCGCGUGACGAAGCAGCAUCGAGAGAAACACGGGCAGACGCGCGGUCGGAAGACGGCAACGUGCCGGAAGGGUACGUUCGCAACACGCAAGUGCGAAGGUUUCUCAACCUGCUAAUUAGAAACCAUUUCUUUUCGCCCCGCAUCGAGAUGCUCCGCUCCGUUGAGCGCGCACACAGAACGGAAUGGACAGCGAUGUUGAGCAAAAAAGACACGGCAGAUGAAGCUGCAGAGACUCUGCCACAGGAAGAAGAUGCCAUCGGCAAAGCUGUUGGGUUAAAACAGAAAAAGAAGAACCACCAAAGAGAGAAAGGUUUGGCAGGCCCGCGCUGUGACGUCGAGGACGCGAAAUCAUCGACUUUCUGGCUCCUUCUCCCGAAUGGCGAGGGAGUUUGCGAGCGGGCACUGUCGGCGCACGCGUCCGCUGCCGGCGCUACUGGUACUACGGUUUCUUUAUGGGAAGCGGAGACGGAGGCCGAGGGCUCCUAUUCCUUCAAUGGCCGCUCCUUUCCGUCCACGCCCUUCGAUCUGGUCUUGUUCGACAACCGUGCGCCGGAGUUGCGCGGAACUGGGAAGGGGGUGGCCAUCCUGUAUGUGGAUGUGACAAAAGUUCUGCAGAAGCGACGGCUUGCAGGAAAUACUUCGAAGGGUAGUACCAAACCAGACCAUGAUGAGCGUGGUACUAAGCGUAAGAAAGUACUAGAGGCGCAGAGCAAGCAGGUACCCCGGGUACUGGCGUUAGAGCGGCUCAAGCAGAGUUUGGCAGGGCAGAAGUUGAUUUUUCGGUACGCGGGGGGCAACCACACCAAGCACGCCGACCGGCUGGCGGGGUACGGCGUAAAACUGAUGAUAAAAAACACUGAGUACAUAUGGAAGUGUCAGAAUCGCAAUCGUCAAAGUUGAAACAAUUUGUAAUGCAUAAAAUGCAUGACCCGAGGCGCGUGUGUUGCAGAGCAGGCAAGUGAGGCCGAUUGUAAGCCUGUUUAGGGGUAUGCAAUGUGCUGCCAGAGUAGCAUGACAGGAGCAGUCUUCUUUGCCCAAACAGCAUGACAGACUGGAUGUGGGUGCCCCAGAAAUUUGUCAUGCGGCACUUAGAAACUGUGGCUCCAACUGACAUCGAUUUUAUGCAUCACAAAUUUUUCGAUUUUGUCAAUUUCGAUUCUGACGCUUCCAUAGUACAAGGCAGACGCAAAGGCUUUAGACAUGGAAUCCGCGGCCUUGACUUUUCACGAGCGGCUCGGGACCGACUUCGUGGACUAUCUGAAGAUGUUAGAGAGCAAAAACAAAGUCGAAGAACAGACAUCACCGCCAGAUGAAAUAAGUCCCGACGGGACAGCUACUGCUACAGCUAAUUCCACUUUGACUUCGUCCUCGUCCUCUUCGCUGCACAUAAUUGAGCUUUUGCGUUCGGUGACGCAAAACUACCCGGAGCAGGGCCAGGUUCUGACGAAUUUGAUCAAGAAGGAACUGGGAAGGGACGUGUCGGAGCGGAGCGGAAAGGUCAGCGAAGACGAGGACGCGAAGGAGGACAUUCAGCUCGACGACCUAGACGACGAGACCCACUCCGAGGCCAAGGAGGCGGCCAGCCUCGUCAAGCAGCGGUUUGGUAUCACGGCGGGGGCGGCCUCCGUCAUCACGUUGAACAACCAGGCGCUUGAAAUUGACCAAAAUUCCCUCGGCAUUUACCCCAUCCUCGAGAAGGUGCUGCCCCUGUUCAAAGCCCUCGAACGCGUUUCCGACGUGGUGGCCACUACGGUUGGGCGUGUCCGCGGAGGUGAGGAGGCCCAGGGGGAGAACCACCUGAAAAUAAAUGUUGGACAGAUGGCACGAGGGCUCCCGAGCGGGAGCACCGAGCCGGACUCGACAGGGGACAAGAAUGCGUUGAGCGCAGAGUGGCACGAGAAGAUUUUUUCGGAAGUGGUAACCAAGAACCCGGUUUCGCGGGCUGCGGCCACAGCGUCUCGCUUUGACCCGUGGUACUUGAUUGGGGAGCAGAGGGGCGCAGGUGGCGCUUCGGGGACGCGACCGAACCCGUUAUAUCAGGUGGAAGCCGAUCCAAAAGCCGUGGAACGCGGUUGGACGGCGGAUUACCGGCGCCUAUCCACGCAGCCGCAAGGGGGCGGCCACGGGAUGGCUGCGAUGAUGGGGAUGAUGAUGAUGAUGCCCCAGGCUCCGGAAAUUCUGCGUUCCCUGGUUUUCACGGUCGUCAUUCUGGAUUUCACAGUCCUCAAGCACGCGAAGUUUCUGUUGCAGGUGCUGCGCCAGCAGCCUACGGCCUCCACCAUCUGGCUUCUUGUCGAUUCCGUGGACGAAACUGACCAGGAACACAGAUUUCAGGCGUACCUCAAACGUUUGGACAUCUACGACCGAGAGCAACUGGGCGACCACAACAUUGAUCUUCUUGGGGCGGAACGAACGAGCGGCCCCGGACGAGACGUGCCGGAAAUUACGUCUCCUGCGAGAAGAGCAUCUAAAAAGGCGGAAGAAGUGGACCUAGUAAGAGAGAAAAGAAUUGCGCAUCUCCGCCGUGAGUAUAAGUGUUUCGUGCAGAAGUCACGCGCCCUCGUAGCGAAGGCAUUCUACAGGAUCCUCGGAACAACAGCGACAACCGCAACGAGAACACCGACCGCAACUGCAGAAAAAGGAAAAGCUGCCGGAAAGAAAAAAGGCAGUGACGAGAAAAACAAUGACAUGGCGGAGGAGGAAGAGGACGCGGACGCCGCGAAACGAAACGCGACGGCGUUGCUUCUGCAGAAAAAGCGAAAGAAGGCCAGCUUGUUCCUCCGCGACCUUGCAGAGAGUUCGAACGAUUUCUUUCACCUUGUGUACGAGAAGACGAUCUCAUCGGACGAAGAGGCGAACUUUGCAGAGGAAAGCCUCAAAGCGGACGGGUUUGACGAGCAACAGAUGAUUUUGCAGCAGCUGAUGGGUGGCGGCGGGGCUGGCGCGCUGGGUGCGCUGACAAACAAGGAGAAAAACAAGGCGAAUCACCCGAGUCAAAUAAGCGUCGAACAGAGCGCGAUCGAAAGCUGUGAGGAACAACUCCGGGAGGUAGUUGCGAAAGCGGUCAAACCGGCGUUUCUGAAGAGGUUUGUCGUCGAGGCCAAGGAGCAGCCGGCCGGCGAUGUUUGGGAUACAGAGAUUGUACAAGACCUGCACAAAGAAACGUAUACACCCGUGGAACCCAACCGCGCAAUAUGCACGAAGGGACUUGCUUCUGCAUCACUGUGAGUUUGUUUCUGCUCCGUUUUUCGCAGAACUUGGAAUUAGAAAACGUACCUAGUACAUGCAUGGCGCCAACCAAAACACGAGGAUAGAGUGUUUCGUUUGUUUUCAUUUUUUCCCGAGCUACACGACGUUUGCGUCGUGUUCGUGCUGCGUGUUAGACGCUGACUCGUGCUGCAGAUCAUGAAUAGCACUGGCUCAUCGUCGUGAUGUAGUGCUUGUCCGCCUUGGAUACGCGAGCCUGCCCGUGCCAAGUAUCAUUUACAAUGGGCAGGUUGAGACUGGAGAAGAGGUGUUUGAAAAUUUUGAGCGCCGGGACUUCUAUCACCAAAUCUCAACGGCGCAGCGCAUGCAGCGGGAGCUUCGCAAGAAUGCGGAGCUGUGGACAAGCGGAGACUGGGAGGGACACCUGAGAAAAACCGUCCUGCGGCAACCGCUCUUGGCACACCACGAAGCCAUCACAACGGUAUGCCAGUAAAGGAAUUUAUCUUGUUGUUUCUUGUGAAGCUGCGCGUGUAUUUUUCCAUAAAAAAUUAUUUCACAACCAGCUGGUCCCUACGUAAAAAUUUGUUCUUCGCUCAAGAUGAUGACAAAUGCGAACGGGCGUUCUGAGGAUUUUUUCUCCCAGAUGCUGAUCGUUCAAAACAACAAACUAAUCUUCUCGCUGAUACUGAAGUGAAAAAUAUCUUUCCGGUCAUUGUUGGGUCUCUGGUUGAAUCAUGUGGUAUAUAUAGUCGAUCCGCCACACGCAUCAACUAGGAUGAAGAUUGGCUAUCAUGCGUAGAGUUUGAAAUGAAACCUUUGUGGUGGUUCAACUGAGUGUUGGCUCUAUAAUUGUCACCGCUUUAAUAUUGCUGCACAUGCAUGCGAAAUCGUUUACGGGAAUCUGAAUAUCCACCACCAUACUUGCUCAGGAAGCGAUCACGAGCGGAUCUUCCUCUGGUGAUGAUGGAGACGGAGGAAACAAGAAAGCGGACCAGCAGGAAGGGGCGCAGAGCGCAAGCGAGAAAAAAACGCGCCGCAUUCCCUGGCACUUCAAACAGCUCGACAUUCCGGAAAGCUUUGCCUUCUUCGAACUGGACACGAGAGGGACCACCCCUGAUGGAACCAAAAAUGAUCCCUCUCCACCUGCGCAGGAGGAGGUGGGGCGUACUUCAGCCGCUGCAUUCUACCACAUUUUUUUUCUGGCUUCGGAUGCGGAUACGUACUUGCUCAAGGAAGUACUGCUCGGAGCUCAGAAGAGAAAUCAGGUGGACCGCGAAGUAUCAUCGUCCGAAGAACAGGUGGAAACCGGCUCCUAUUUCGGAGUCGUUUUUAUGACGGAUGAUCUGUGGAAUCGGUACGCGAAACCCUUUUUCGCACAGGCCCGCAGGAGCCAGCAGCACCGAAACGAGCUUACAACGGCAGAACUGGCUGCCUUGCGCCGGACCAACAACCUCCUCGCGGACCAAAUGCGCUCGGAGCGGGUCAGAGCGCCGGCCCAGCGCAUCCCUCCCGAGGCGCACAGCAAAGUUCUGCGCUGGUGGUGCAACGGCCGGCUCAUCGAAAUGCUGAGCGGGGCGGAUCCGCAUCCGCAUCCGCAAGAAGGAACAAGUGGCAGCAGUGGCGUGACGCCGGGUGGUAGUACCACUACAGGCCACGUCGUGCCUUCAGACGCACAAAGGAUCCGGGUGCCCCAUCUGCGCACCCUGGAGAUUCUUCUCCCCCCGCCGAUCGAUCUGGCGGCCGAGUACACCUCCGGGCAGGGUGGCGAUCUAGUGGUGGUUCUGGACGAAAAGGAUCACACGAUGAUGGCCCGCGUUAAUGCUAUCCGGGCGGAGUUUUCGGAUCACGCUGCGAGCGGCUCGACCGCAAAUCUGAACGAACUGUGGGGGGACUACCCGGAGCCAUUGAAGCUGACGCUUUCCUCGGAGAUGACCGCCGGGAUGAUGAACAGUAGCAAAAUCCUACGCGGCAGCAAUGUGGACGACGAAGACGCGACCGAUGAAAUGGAAGGGCUGGUCAGCAGUCCCGCCGCGCUUCUGUCUGUGUACGCACUGGUGGAUCCCCUGUCCGAGGAAAUGCAGUUGCUCUCCGAGAUUCUGAGGCUCCUGCUCACGACGUUCCCGACGAAGGUGCACCUGCUGUUCACGCCAGUCGAACAAUACACCAAACCCCCCCUGACGAACUACUACCGGCAGGUGGUGUUCCAGGAGGACCAGCACGGCGAUGAAUCUGGAAAGAACUACUUCGGAGUAGAGUCUGGUGCGAGAGGUUCUAGUUCUAGCAGCGCUUCGAUUGCGAUCACAAAGUCGAACGUGUUUAGUUUGAAGCUGGAGGUGCCUGACCCCUGGCUGGUCUCUGCCACCGAGGCGGAAGCGGAUUUUGACAACCUGAUUGUAUCGUUUCCGUCGAACACGCAAGCAGGGACGAAGAGUACCAGCACGUCGAGCAUGGGCAAAAACGUGGUGCACGGAAUCUUCGAGCUGCAGUGCAUGUACAUGGAGUAUGGAAGUGCCAUGUGGGCCACCAAAAUGUCAAAGUGAAAGCAGUUUGUCAUGCACAAAAGCUGCGUCAUCAAACUCAAAUUAAUCAGCGUGGUCGAGCUAGCGCUCGUUUUUGCACAUUACCUUGGCUUGAGAGCACGGCAAGUAUUCAAAAGUAAGUAUCUUACUUGGGAUGUAUGAUCAAUUUCACGCCGGCAAUUUGAAAUCUCACCUGGCGCUUCCAUACGGAGGGCCAGGCACUAGUCGCGAGUGAGGAGAAUGAGUUGGCGAUGUUCUUCGGGGAGCAGCCUGCGGCAGGUGUAGAGCUCGGCAUCUACGGAAGCGACCGAUCGGAGCCCAUGAGCGACGCGCGGGUGCUCCGGAACCACGGGUACUUUCAGCUGGCGGCGAACCCGGGCAUGUAUUCGAUUCAACUGCUGCCGAAGACUGCCCGCGACUGGGAACUGGUCUCCGCGCCCUUUCUUACCGUGGAUAGCUACAUCACGCCGCCCUAUCUCAUUCGCGUACGCAGCCGCCCGCAGGACAACGGGAUGGGGGAGAAAGGGUCCUCGCCUUGGGGCCGGCUACUGCAUUUGUCCGCGCAGAAGUCGGGUGAGGGUAAAACAACCACGGGUACUAGGAGUUCUUCUAUGGUAGAACAAGGCACAACAGCGCCGGACGGCGAUGAGGAACCACUGUCCACUGCCUUGGACGAUUUAUUCUCCGCCACGCUCUCGAAGCUGUCUGACCUUUUCUCGUCGUCCUUGGACGGAAGCGGAGCAGUAGAAAGCAGCGGCGAAGAUGAAGAAGCAGUGGCUGCAACCACGGAAAACGCAGUUGCGCUAGUAGGGAACAAAGCAGAUGAUGCGGAUCAUCUGGGUGUACUAGCAACUGCAAAGCAAGAAGCCCCCGUGCACAUUUUUUCGGUGGCGAGCGGGCACCUGUACGAGAAGCUGUUGAGUAUUAUGAUCCUGUCCGUGCGGAAGCACACCACGGCUCCCCUGCACUUUUGGUUUGUGGACAAGUUUUUUUCGCCCAGGUUCAAGCACUUCAUCCCCACGCUGGCGCAAAAAUACCACUUCGACUUCACCUUCAUCAGCUACAAGUGGCCGUCGUGGCUAAACCCCCAGCGGGAGAAGCAGCGCCUGAUCUGGGCGUACAAAAUCCUCUUCCUCUAUCCUGAGUAAAAACGUACCCACACCAGAGUCAAGAUGGAAAAUCUGCUAGACAAAUUGGCCAACUUUGCUUGUUUCGCAUGACAAAUUUGGACGAGUAGUGUAGUGCUGUUUGAGCUAGUUCAGCAGCAUUACAGAUCUAGUCUCUCAUGCUGAUUGGAGCAUGACAAAUUUCAAGACGCCCUUAGAAAAUGCUUCUCAUGGGGCUCCGCAUGACAAACAUUUUAAGCAUGCAGAUUUGCAUGACAACUAUGGUGUGGGUACGUUUUUACUCAGGAUAUCCUCGACGUGUUCUUUCCGCUGAACGUGGAGCGUAUCCUUUUCAUCGACGCCGAUCAAAUCGUCCGCGCGGAUGUGCUAUGCAAUGCAAAAGCAUCGUACUAGUAUGAAUUGCAUUACAAAUUAGCCCAGCAUUACAAAUUAGAUUUGUAAUGCUGAUUUACCUUGGGAAAGAGAUUUGUAAUGCUUAAAUGCAAUUGCUACGAGUGCGAUACUUUUGCACAGAAUAUGUGCGUGAGUUGCGGGACUUUGACUUGCAGGGGAACGUGUACGGAUUUGUGCCGAUGGGGGACACGAACCUGCUCACGGAAGGCUACCGGUUCUGGAAGCAGGGCUACUGGAAGAACCACUUGAACGGAAAACCGUACCACAUCUCCGCGCUCUUCGUGGUGGAUCUCAAACUGUUUCGCGAGAGCGCAUAUGCAAGCCGCAGCUGGUGUGACAAUCAUCGCAAUGUCGCCCGGUGAAAUACUAUUGAUUCUAUGGAAUUGGAAUGAAAGUUUCAUCCAACGAUUCAUUGAUAAUUUUCAGUGCAAUUAUAAUUGGCUGCCGCUUCCAUCGCUUGCUCUUCCGACGUCUUUCGUGACCAUUUCUUGAAGAGAACAGGACAGAUUCUGGUAUAGGGUGAGCAUUUAUUGUUCUUGCAAAUUAUAGAAAUAUGAGCAUCUUGUUGCGAAUAGAUAGUUGGGAUUGUUGACAGCCCUUGCGCCGGGCAUAUUCGUAGCGGGGACAUUCUGCGGGAGACCUAUAACCAGUUGAGCAGGGAUAUUGAGAGGAAAAAUCUCCCCUCCCCAUAUCGAAAAGGUACGUUUGCGAAAAUUUGUCUUGCUGAUUUGAGACCACAAAUCACGUCUGUCUUGCAAGAAGACAACUCCACAGGCUCUGCCGCAUUAUGCAGGCGGUUUGUGAUGCUGUUGGGCCUACAGCGUAGACGUUUCCCAUGCUAAAUGCCUAGGCCAAAAGCUCUCUACUCAGGCUUGGCAGGAGCCUGCUUUCCUCUACUGCAGGACAGCUCUGACUUGUAUAUGCAAAUCCAGCAUAAGAAGCGUCGUUUUGAUAUGGAGAGGGGGGAUUUUUCCUUUUGAUAAGGGACCCGAAUUCGUUGGCCAAUCUGGACCAGGACCUGCCUAACUUCGCCCAGCAUUCGCUCGGCAUCUUUUCUCUGCCAAAGGAGUGGCUGUGGUGCGAAACCUGGUGCGGGUCCGAGGAACUCUCCAGUGCCAAAACGAUCGACUUGUGCCAGAACCCUCUCACGAAGGAGCCGAAGUUGACCAUGGCCAAGCGCAUCGCGCCGGAAUGGGUCGAAUAUCACGACCAGGUGGUGGCGUUGCAGGAACAAGUCGACCACGACCUCGUGCCAGCUGCUGGUGCGGAAGGAUUUUCGACCACGCCGGAACCAAGCGUACCAGCGGCUGAAAGAGCAGGUGGGGCUGCACCUCCACUAGCGAAGAUGAAAACCGAACAGCACAAAAAGAACACGCAGCAGCAAGUGGAACCAGGACCCAAAGCCAAAACUUCGACGAGCGACACGGGCACGUCGGGGAAGAAGGCACGGAAUUAUAAAAGCAAAGAUGGUGCUGCUGCUGAAACGGAACAAAAACAAACACAGGGUUCUUCGGGAGCGAGCAAGCCGAAACAACGGAUCCAAAACGCUGCGAACAAGAAGAAUGACGAGAAAGAACCCAAAAAGAAGAAACCUGCCACCUCCUCGACCACGACAACUACCGCCAAGACCGCGACAAAGUCGGAAACUACGAAGAAGUCUUCAAAAAAGGACAAGGCUAAAAAGAAGAAGAAUCAGAAUAAAGAUAAACGAGACAAAAAGAAUGCAGAGCUGUAAAUGAUUAUACUAGAACUAGAGACGAUGACCACGAAGUGGAAGUUGAAGAAAGAGAAGUCUUGUAGUGCUACCGAUGCCGGUACAUGUCGUGAUAGCAGCUAGGCGUGGAAUUCAUUAACUACCCAAAGACCUACAAGUACAAGUACACAUGAUGAAGAAGUGCUGAAUUAUCAAGAAAAUACAAGAAUUACCUCCAGAGUAUCGAUUUUGCAAACAAUUUGUAUAUGACGACAGCGAGAACGAACUCGCUCACCAGAGGCGGAGAUAGGAUUUAAUUACUCUCAGAAACCUGCUCUGUAGCCUCAAAACUAUAACUAAUGACUUUCCGCUUAAAUAGUUCCCAAGCGGGAAGACGUGAACAAGAAGCAUCUUCAGCGGCCGCGGCAUUUCAUGUCGUUCCAGAAACUUUCAGGUUCGG